AAGCUACCAACUUCUGUUAAUCUCCGCCAGACUAUGAAGUUUGGCUACACCUACACCGAAACCAAGCCUUGGACUUUCACCAAACCGGAAGACUAUCGUAAGGGUGUCUACAAACAACGCGAGACCAUGUAUCCCACUUAUUGGCUACCAAAAAUGAAGGCUGCGACCCAAAGCCAGAGGAGACACUUUAAACACGUACGAAGUUUGCUCGUGUUCUCGCAAUGGAGAAGCGCACAUCCGCGAUCAUGGCCCUUUCCAUUGCCAAAGCUACAUGGUCACUAGCGGAUGCCUCUUCGUUGGUCUCAGCCCUUCUGUCUCUUGGAGUACCCACGCUGAAAGUAUAUGUGUAACAAUCUCUGAGCAUGUAGGUCAUGGUGACUACUUACCUCCAAUGUCUUGAAUCACUACCAAGGCGGAUGAAAGUGGUGGACGCUGAGGGAAUUGGGGACGAC